CCAGUUCAAGGAGUGGUUUGUUCACGGGGACUCAGCUAUGCCUCCCGACAGAUCGUGCUUCACGGCAUUGAAUUUACCGCCGGACUUCACUCUCCCAGAAUGCAUGGACUAUUUUACACUCUCCGCCGCCCCCAACACGGACCUCUGGCGCAAACCGCCUAACCGUGAGACCACGACCGCUCCCAUCCUCUUCACCUCCUUACGACAGCCCUUUGUGAUCGCCGAGGUCACGGUAACGGCCGACUGGGAGAUGGAAUGGGAUCAGGGGGGACUGGUAAUAUUCGCCGGUCCCGUCCCAAGACCACCACCGCCGCCGUCGCCCCAGCCAUCACAACAACAGCAGCAGCAGCAACAGCAGCAGCGACGACAAGCAUCCGGAUCCUCCACGCAGCAGCAGCAACAACCACCCUCCCAAGCCCCACCGCCUCCCUACCCCAGCCUCCCCACCGGCCCAAACAAAUGGGUCAAAGCCGGCCUCGAAUUCUCCGCCGGCACCGUCAACGCCUCCUCGGUCAGCGCCACGGCCGACGGGGCCGACUGGUGUCUCUCGCCGCUGGCGCCGCCCAACGUCCCCACGUCGAUCACAUCGCUGCGCAUCAAGCUCGAGCGCAUCGGGCACUCGCUGUGGGUGUGGUACCAGAUACCGGGCCUGAUAAGUGCGCAGGCGGAGCGUACGCCGGGGGCGAUAGGGAGUUCGUGGCGGAAGUUGAGGGAGGUGACGUGGUUCUUCUGGGGGGUGGAGGACAAGAGCGUGCAUGUCGGGGUGUAUGCGAGUCGGCCGGCGAAUCUGUCGAUGGAGAGCACGAUGUGGGCGGCGCGGAACGGGGGAAGAUACGUGAGCGGGCUAGACGGGGGUGGAGGGCAUGGGGGGCCGGCGAAUGGGUUGGUGGUGGAGUUUGAGGAUCUGGAAAUAUUUUGA